AUGGGGAGCCACCAGAAGGGAGAGCAUGGAGGCAGCAGCAAUGGAAGCGGCGGAGGAGCUGUGGUGGUGGACAAGGGUGUGGAUUUCGCACAAUAUUUCUGCACCUACGCUUUUCUUUAUCACCAGAAAGAAAUGCUCUCUGAUAGAGUCCGUAUGGACGCUUACUUCAAUGCUAUUUUUGAGAACAAGCACCACUUCAAUGGAAAGACGGUGUUGGAUGUGGGAACAGGGAGUGGCAUUCUUGCAAUAUGGUCGGCACAAGCGGGUGCACGAAAGGUCUAUGCAGUUGAGGCUACUAAGAUGUCAGAACAUGCCCGGACUAUAGUUAAAGCACAUAAUCUUCAAGAUGUAGUUGAAGUACUUGAGGGUUCUGUGGAGGAUGUCACCCUGCCAGAGAAAGUUGAUGUAAUUAUCUCAGAGUGGAUGGGUUACUUCCUUCUUCGUGAAUCUAUGUUUGAUUCAGUGAUAUGUGCGCGUGACCGCUGGCUGAAGCCUGGUGGAGUCAUGUAUCCUAGUCAUGCUCGCAUGUGGAUGGCACCAAUCAGGUCAGGAUUGGGAGAUCAAAAGAAGAGUGAUUAUGAUGGAGCGAUGGAUGAUUGGUCUGCUUUUCUGGAAGACACUAAAGAACACUACGGUUUUGAUAUGAGUGUUUUAACCAAGCCUUUCUCUGAGGAGCAAAGGAAAUAUUAUCUCCAGACAUCAUUGUGGCAAAACCUUCAUCCACAUCAAGUCAUAGGGACAGCUGCCAUUAUAAAGGAGAUUGAUUGUUUAACUGCCACAGUGAAUGACAUUCUUAAAGUAACAUCAAACUCUAUUUCGUCAAUCACUUUAGAAAACACAAGGCUCUCUGGAUUUGGUGGAUGGUUUGAUGUUCAUUUUCGAGGAAGCAAGGUUAAUCCGGCACAGCAGGAAAUUGAGUUGACAACUGCUCCAAGUAUAAAUAAUGGCACACAUUGGGGUCAGCAGGUUUUCCUCUUGCAUCCUCAUAUAGACAUCAGUGAAGGGGAUGAUUUGAGUCUAUCCUUCACCAUGAAUCGUUCAAAGGAAAAUCACAGAUUAAUGGAGGUUGAGCUUGAAUGUGAGGUUAAACGGUCCUCUGGCAAACAGCUUCCACCUUUCAGAAAUAAGUUCUACAUAGAGUGA